UGGCCCUGCUGGAGGGUGAAGAACGGUACCGCAAGAGCCGAGGCGGGACAUGAGUCGUCUGGGACAGUGUUUGAGCCCGCGGCCCUUCCUGGGCUCCUGGGCAGUGUCGCGGCGGCUGCGUCGCGUUUCUGUAGCGGCCGAUCUGAGCCAGAGCCCGGCGGGCUCCGGCACCACCUCUGUCGCAGACAUAGAGGAGCUGCUGAGUCGCUCCGUCCCUCCGCUGCCGCCCUACGAGACCAGGGAGAAAGCUCCGCGGCCGGCGGAGCUGCGCAGCGCGGAGUUCAUGCGGUACUACCGGAACCUAGAGGCCGGGCCGCCCAGGGCCGAGCUUCUUACCCGCUUGGCCCGCGACUUCGGCGUGGACCACAGCCGGGUGGCGGAGUUCAGCACUAAGGUGCUGCAGGCCCGGGAGCAGCAAAGGGAGCUAGGGGCUCUGUUGCAGGCCGAGGACCGGCUCCGUUACUACCUCAGCCCCCAGUACCGGGGUCUCUUCCAGCAUCUGGGCCGCCUGGAGGGCGGGCUACGCUUCCUGGUGGAGCUGAGGGGCGACCUGGUGGAGGGGCUGGCGACCAAGGCGGUGGACGGGCCUCAUGUCAAGGAAAUGAAUGGAGUUCUCAAGAACAUGCUGUCAGAGUGGUUCUCCACAGGAUUCCUAAACUUGGAACGAGUCACUUGGCAAUCACCUUGUGAAGUACUUCAGAAAAUCAGUGAUUCUGAAGCUGUGCAUCCUGUUAGAAACUGGGUUGAUAUGAAGCGCCGAGUUGGGCCAUAUAGAAGAUGCUACUUUUUUUCUCACUGUGCAAUCCCAGGAGAACCAUUGAUAGUUUUGCAUGUUGCACUAACCAGUGAUAUCUCCAGCAGCAUACAGGACAUAGUGAAAGAAGUGCCUUUAGAAACAGAAGAGGCAGAUAAAAUUACAGCAGCAAUUUUCUACUCCAUCAGUUUGACUCAGCAGGGACUGCAAGGUGUAGAACUUGGGACUUACCUCAUCAAGCGGGUUGUAAAAGAGCUGCAGAAAGAACUUCCUCAGAUAAAAGCUUUUUCUACUCUUUCACCUAUCCCAGGAUUCACAAAAUGGCUUGUUGGUGUCCUCUCCUCACAAACAAAAGAACUGGAAAGAAAUAAACUUUUUACCGAAUCAGAAUGGCAAGAAAUCUCUGAGAUCACAGGAGAUUCUUCUACUGAAACAUUAAAGAAACUCUUAAAUAACAAUGAGUGGGUGAGAUCAGAAAGAUUAGUUACAGUGCUCCAUUCACCUUUUAUGAGACUCUGUGCCUGGUACUUGUAUGGGGAGAAACAUCGUGGCUAUGCUCUUAAUCCAGUAGCAAAUUUUCACCUCCAGAAUGGCUCUGUGAUGUGGAGGAUAAACUGGAUGGCGGACACAAGCCCUCGGGGUAUUGGUGCUUCUUGUGGCAUGAUGGUAAACUACCGCUAUUUCUUAGAGGAUACUGCCAGAAACAGUGCAGCCUACCUGGGGACUCAGCAAAUCCAAGCCUCAGAGCAGGUUCUUUCCUUGGUGUCUCAAUUCCAGCAAAAUAGCAAGCUUUAAUUAAAUAUUAUGAAAACUAAGGACAAAUGUUCCUCAGCUCUAAAGAGCUGUGAUAUUUUGCAAUGUCUGUGUUGAAGAGAAUGUUCCUUGUGAAACAGAUUUACUCAGUGCAGUACAACACAGAUGUACCAAGGUUCUCUUGCUUAGAUUGCCAUGUAUUUGAAAUCUGAUGGGCUGUUGCAAGUUCUAGGCAUCUGUUAUGUACCAGUGGGUUAGAGAUCUGUAUUAAGGGGUGAGUAAAAUUCUGUCAGUCAAUUACAACUCAGUGGUAACGUGAAUGGGAAAUACUUGAGCUACACUAUCAUUUGUUUGAUAAUAAAUCUAUAUAAACUCUGUCUUUUUAAAGCAUUCACGCUUCUUUGUCAUAGUAGUACCAUAGGUAGUUCAGUACCAAAGGGUCUGGGAAGAAGUGCUGAACAAAGGUAGAUUUUUAGUGAAAUAUAUUAACAGAACAGUAAUCCACAAAUUUAUUUCAAUAAUUUUCACCCUCCAAAAACUCUCAUGUGAAAACCUCUUGGCAUUUUCUUCUAUUCAAAGCCAUUAAAAGUCUCAUCAGGUUCUUGCUUUGCUGGAGCACGGAAAAGCCUUGCAUUAAUGUGAGGAAUCAGGAUCUCUCAGUGCAGCAGAUACACAGUAAUGUAUUUGCACUUUCAUCUGCUCCCAUGUAGUGAGCAAGACAGAAGUGUUCAGUGCUGUGAAAUCCCUCUGCUGUGAUGAAAUGCUGAGAGAGCUGCGGUUGCUCAGUCUGAAGAAGGUUCUAGGAGUCCUUAUUGUCGCCUUUUAGUAGUGGUCUGUAAGAAAGGUGGAGACAGACUAUUUUAGCAAGGUCUGUUGUGAUAGGACAAGGGGUGAUGAUUUUAAACUAAAAGAGGGAGAUUUGACUCAAUAGGAGAAAGAAAUUUCUUACACUGAGGAUGGUGAGACCCUGGCCUGGUUGCCCAGAGAGGUGACAGAUGCCCCAUCCCUGGAAGCAUUCCAGGUCAGGUUGGUUGGUUGAAGAUGUCUGUGCUUACUGCAGAGGGAUUGGACUAAAUGACCUUUAAAGGUCCUUUUCAACCCAAAUUAUUCUAUGAUUCUAUAAAGGAGAGCAGACUAAGACCAUUACUUAGGGAUCAAUUGAGAAGGUUCCAAAUAUGCAUAUUGUAUUUGUUCUGAUUGUUUUUAAACUUAGUAAAGCUUUUUUUUUUCAAUAUAAAGAGGUAGGCAUAUACCUGUAAACCAGUAAAUAAACAUUCUCAAUAACUCA